ACAGUUCAGCUUGCCUAGAGGAAAACUACAACAAGGCAAUGGAAUUGUUGAACUACCUCAUAAUCGUGGCGGUGGCUAUUUGCUUUGUGCAACUUAGUGUCGGGUUAAAUUCCUUGGACUACACCAAGCCAAGCAAGGAAGUUGGAAAACGUCUGCGAAUGAAGAAGUUGCCAGGAUAUCCGCAUGAGUACGGGUUUGGCUUCUACUAUCAAGGAGAUAUUCUUCUGAGACCGGGCGAAAAAAGUCGCAUUGCCAUUACCCGUCCAACGAACUACGAUGUAUGGCCCAAUGCCACAGUGCCCUAUGAAAUUUUUGCCUUCUUCACUGAUGAAGAAAGAGCAACUCUUAACAAGGCAUUUGCACAGUUUGAAGAGAAGACCUGCGUUCGGUUUGUACCGCGCACAGAGGAGUUGCAGUAUGUGACGAUCACUACUUACGGAGAAGGAUGCUAUUCCAAUAUAGGACGAAACUCCAAUCCGGAAUAUAACAUGCUGAAUCUGCAGACACCCGGUUGUAUGGGAACAGUUCGUACGCCAGUGCACGAAAUGAUGCACACGCUCGGAUUCCUGCACGAACAGUCCCGUCGCGAUCGGGAUCGUUACAUUCAGUUCUUCCCCCAAAACUUGGCGCCGGAAUAUCAAAAUGCUAAAUUUAUAAACACUAACUAUGCAAUAUAUAACGGAUCUAGUACUACUUACGGCGUGCCAUACAACUAUGGUAGUGUGAUGCACUAUUCACGCUUUGCCGGUGCAGCUACAGCGAUCUUUCCGGUGCUGGUUAGAAGGGAUAACGCCUCAGCUGAAUUAGGUAAUAAUUACGGACUGUCGGAUGGUGAUGUGGCACAAAUCAAGGCGCGGUAUUCCGAAAGUCGAAGGGGUAAUAUCCAUCAGCAACAGUUCAGUUUGCGUGGUGGAUUAUCCUACAACAAAGCAAUGGAACUGUUGAAGUACCUCAUAAUCGUGGCGAUGGCUAUUUGCCUCAUACAACUUAGUGUCGGGAAAAAAACCUUGGACUACACCAAGCCGAGCAAGGAAGUUGCUUACAUUCAUUUAGGAAAUCGUCUGCGAUUGAAGAAGUUGCCAGGAUAUCCGCAUGAGUACGGAUUUGGCUACUACUAUCAAGGAGAUAUCCUUCUGAGACCGGGCAAAAAGAACCGAUUUGCCGUUACUAGCCCAACGAACUACGAUGUAUGGCCCAAUGCCACAGUGCCCUAUGAGAUCGAGGCCGACUUCACUGAUGAAGAAAGAGCAACUCUUAACAAGGCAUUUGCACAGUUUGAAGAGAAGACAUGCGUUCGGUUUGUGCAGCGCACAGAGGAGUUGGAGUAUGUGACGAUCACGAAUAACAGAGAAGGAUGCUAUUCUUAUGUUGGACGAAAUUCCGAUCCGGCCUAUAACACGCUCAAUCUUCAAACACCCAGUUGUAUGGAUAACGUCGGUACACCGGUGCACGAACUGAUGCAUACGCUCGGAUUCAUGCACGAACAGUCCCGUCGCGAUCGGGAUACUUACAUUCAGUUCUUCCCCCAAAACUUGGCGCCGAAAUAUCAAGAUGCUGAUUUUAUAAACACCAACUUUGCAAUAUAUAAUGAAUCUAGUACAACCUACGGCCAGCCUUACGAUUUUGUUAGUGUGAUGCACUAUUCACGCUUUGCCGCUGCUGCUACAUUCUUUUUUCCGGUGCUGGUAAGAAGAGUUAAUCCCGCAGUUGAAUUGGGUAAUGAUGAUGGACUGUCGGUUGGUGAUGUGGCACAGGUCAAGGCCCGCUAUUGCCCGGUCGAAUAAUAAGAAUCAACUGAUUUGAAUAAGAAACAACGACAUGAAAUAAAUUUAACUAUACGAUUUGCAAUUCAUUCAAACGUUUCGGUUGCAUUUAUUGGAAAUAUGUACAUAAACUGUUAUAGCGAAAAACAUUCAAAACAUUCUGUACUGUAUAAAUGUGAUUCUGACCGCGUUUGUUCGCAUCGAAUUCGCUUAUAAAGUCGCUUUCCGCGCUCUGGAUCGGUCCGUUACCAUCACUGCUCCCGUCUGCUUGAGACUCGAGAUCGGUCAGAACACGUGUUCAUUCUAAUCAUCCUUGAGUAACGCCAUAAACACAGCUGUUUAAUGUUUGUA